AAAGUUGCGACUAUGCCCAAAAAAUUUGGCAUAUCCCAUGUUUACCGGUCCGGCACUGAGCUGCUUUUGGGCUGAAUUGUAAAUUAGAGGUUACAUUUGGCAUAUCCGACAGCCAGUGGCAAUGCCUGAACCCCUCAAAAGUCAAAUCCAAAAUUUCGACAUUCCUUUAAAUUAACCAGCCAUUCAUUUGAAGAUAAACCAAAAUUUCUCAUACACACACGAACACUACAGUCUUUAACAGUAUCAUCAAAUCAGAAUCAGAAUCAAAAAAAAAAAAAAAAAAACGAUAUGCCGGCGACGGAGGAGGAGGACGCGUGGGUGUGGAAUCACAUAAAGGCGGAGGCGAAGCGAGACGCGGAGGCGGAGCCAGCGCUGGCGAGCUACCUGUACUCGACGAUACUGUCGCACUCGUCGUUGGACAGAUCGCUGUCGUUUCACCUCGGCAACAAGCUCUGCUCCUCCACGCUCCUCUCCACUCUCCUCUACGACCUCUUCCUCAACGCCUUCUCCUCCGACUCCAACCUCCGCUCCGCCGCCAUCGCCGAUCUACGCGCCGCCCGCGAGCGUGACCCUGCCUGCGUCUCCUACUCCCACUGCCUCCUCAAUUAUAAGGGCUUCUUAUCCUGCCAGGCUCACAGAGUGGCUCACAAGCUGUGGGCUGAAGCACGGCGGCCACUAGCACUGGCACUUAGCUCCCGAAUAUCUGAUGUGUUUGCUGUUGAUAUACACCCGGCAGCAAAGAUAGGGAAAGGGAUUUUGUUUGAUCAUGCAACUGGCGUGGUGGUGGGUGAGACAGCAGUAAUUGGGAACAAUGUUUCGAUCUUGCAUCAUGUCACCCUUGGUGGGACUGGAAAGGUUGGAGGAGACAGACACCCCAAGAUUGGUGAUGGAGUGCUGAUUGGGGCAGGUGCAACCAUUUUGGGGAAUGUGAAGAUAGGGGAGGGGGCAAAAAUUGGGGCAGGGUCAGUGGUACUGAUUGACGUGCCACCAAGGACAACAGCAGUAGGGAACCCGGCGAGGCUGGUGGGAGGAAAGGAGCGGCCGUCAAAGCAUGAGGAUGUGCCUGGAGAGUCCAUGGAUCACACUUCUUUCAUCUCUGAGUGGUCAGACUACAUAAUUUGAGAGUUUGCUCCAGUUAAUGUCACAUGGAAGCUGUUAUGUAGUUCCAUAUUCAGUUUGUUUUCGUUUGAACCCCAAUACAUUUUGCUGGGUUUGAGACUGAGACUCUUGUGGAUGAGGCUGUCUUUGUGAACUUUGUCAUUUUUUUGGAUUGAAAUGCAGGCUUCUUAGGGUUAUUGUAA